AUGGCAGUGAUUCCCAACCCAACUUGGUCUGUGGCCAGUGAUUCCCAACCUAACUUGGUCUGUGGCAGUGAUUCCCAACCUAACUUGGUCUGUGGCAAUGAUUCCCAACCUAACUUGGUCUGUGGCAAUGAUUCCCAACCUAACUUGGUCUGUGGCAAUGAUUCCCAACCUAACUUGGUCUGUGGCAAUGAUUACCAACCUAACUUGGUCUGUGGCAAUGAUUCCCAACCCAACUUGGUCUGUGGCAGUGAUUCCCAACCUAACUUGGUCUGUGGCAAUGAUUCCCAACCUAACUUGGUCUGUGGCAAUGAUUCCCAACCUAACUUGGUCUGUGGCAAUGAUUCCCAACCUAACUUAGUCUGUGGUAGUGAUUCCCAACCUAACUUGGUCUGUGGCAAUGAUUCCCAACCUAACUUGGUCUGUGGCAAUGAUUCCCAACCUAACUUGGUCUGUGGCAAUGAUUCACAACCUAACUUGGUCUGUGGCAAUGAUUCCCAACCCAACUUGGUCUGUGGCAGUGAUUCCCAACCUAACUUGGUCUGUGGCCAGUGA